AUGAGCCGGCCCCCGCAAAACCGAAGUCGCGCAAAUACCGCCGGCGAAGAUGGCGACGCGACUGCACCUGCAACAAAGCUAUGGACAGCGAUGGAGCCACCUCCGAUCGUAUGCUUCUCGCAAGAAGCUCUGGUCAAGUGGAGGAAACAGAGAGAACUGUAUGAGGCUGCUGUCAUCUCGCGAUGCCAAGAGUCAGGUGAGCCGUUAGCGACGGUAAUGAUACCAGCAAUCAACACGAUUAAUCGGCGUUUGUUGAAGAUAUUCUGUGAACUGGAGUUGAAGAUACAAGUCGACGAGAUGACGAACGAGAAGUUAGUCGAUGCUAUCUCGAAAAUCCUUUCCAGUAUGAUAAACGAUCAGCUUCCAAAUGUCCUUGUGAUAAUGAGCCAGCAAUUAAAGAUGAACUUGAGGCAGAAGGAUGUCAAGGCUCGCGUAUUGAACUAUUUCGACAGAUUUGAUGAAUUGGAACAGGUUCUGCUCUAUCAAGAUAUUGACCCCACAGCGAAAACCAAUGUCUCUCGCCUUGAUGAUCGGCCUGGGUUCAAGAAACGCAAUCCUGCACCUGCCCAAGGCUGUUUACACUGCAAGGGUGCCCAUUGGGUGAACGAUUGUCCUUCUGCCACGCAAGGGAUCUAA